GCGCAGAGGGUUUGAGAAACAGAGCUUCUUUUUUUUGGCUCAUCGUCAAAACAAAAGUGUUGGCGAUGGAACGAACUACUGUAAUACUGUUCGUCUUCUUCUUGCUCUCUGUAGCAAUGUGUUCUCUUCACUCUUUUUCUUCCGUAGCAAUUUCAUUCAGAACUCAAAAGUACGUAAAUACCUCUCUCGUUCAUCGCUUAUCUCCUAUAGGAUAUCGUAAUUAUCCUCUACCGUGGGCAGUGACGUCAAUUGACGAAAUCCCUCCUAAUGCUGUUCGCCGGAAAAUAGACCGGAAUUGGAGAGGUGGGUUCAGUCUCGGCGUAGAUUUAGGUUUAUCUCGAACCGGAAUCGCUAUUAGUAAAGGCUACACCGUUAAACCUCUCACGGUUUUGAAAUCGAGAGGGCAAAAACUCGAGACCAGGCUUUUAGAAAUUGCUGAAGAAGAAGAGGCUGAUGAAUUUAUAAUUGGGUUGCCGAGAUCUUCUGAUGGGAAAGAGACGAUUCAAUCGAACAAAAUUCGUUCUGUUGCUGGACGGCUCGCUAUUCAAGCCGCCGAGAGGGGUUGGAGAGUUUAUGUAUUUGAUGAACAUGGAACAACGUCAGAAGCUUCAGAUAGAAUGAUUGUAAUGGGACUUAGCAAGAGUGAAAGACAGAACAGAUCAGAUGCAUAUGCUGCUGUGAUAUUGUUGGAGAGGUAUUUCUCUACACAAGGUUUAGGAAUUGAGAUUAUACUUCCCAAGAGUUUAGAGCUUCAAGCAAAGAUCAAGAACGGUGCACCUGUAGACCCCGACUUCAAUCCGGAAAACCUCGAAGAGUAUUACACAUUCUAAAGUAGUUUGCGUUGUGAAAUUCUUGUGAUUUUUUUUAGUUGGAUUCAUUUCACGCAGACAUCGGUAUAUAAGCAAAGCAAUAAGUUUCUGUUCAUGACCUUGUUACUGAAUUUUGUUGAAAGCCAAACUAAAGAUCUGAUUUGUUUUGUUUCU